AUGGGCAUUUCACCAAGUUCAACCGAGCCUGGGCUCCGGCCAGGCCAUAAGGACGCCAACUUAUUUACCAUAGCUGAUUUCUUCCAGUGUCGUUUCCCACUUCCCCCUCCUUACAACCCUCGUGCCUUCCCUCUCAGUGUCCAUUCUUCAUUGCCUACAAACCCACCGAUGAAGUGUACCCAUGCGCGACAGAAUCAAUCCCCCCUGACGGGGAGUGACUGCAGUGAGAGCGAUGUCGCCAGUAGCAGCCCUGACUGGGAUGAGCAGCAGGAUGCCACUUAUAAGAUGGAUGUGACUGAGCCAGAUAUCACUAAGCCAGAUGAUCGCCUGAGCCUACGAAAACGCCUCCGGUCGGAUGAUGAGGCAGAUGAUUUCUACAACAACCCCCUCAAUGACACCGGAAUCGACCUUUGUGAGAUCAAUAAGGAUUUUGACAAAGCAGAGGGCACCAUCAAACGACGGGAGCGGAUUAAAACCUGA